AUGUCCAACAAGCAGCUCAUUCUAUAUCAAAGCCACGGGCCAGCGCGCAAGGCGGGCGCCGACACCUUCAUUGUUGAGAAGGCAAUCCUUCUGGAGCCGGACUGUCGGCGCGGCAACACGUUUGCCGUGAAUGUGCAACCACAUGGAGCUGAAGAACCUCUGCACAUCGGCAUCCAACUCAAAAAUAACAAGGCGAACAAGUCAUACAAGUCCCUCGGCACGCAGACUGAUCGCGAGGAAAGGUUCCGUCCUGACGUUGGCGCAACCUUCUUAACCGUGCCGUCCACGAUGCCGCCGUCGCCCCCGGGAUCUCCAUUCUUACCGCCGGCUAUCGACCUCGUCCACUAUGCUAUGGGGCUGCCCAAGCGUGCCAAGGUCACGCAAUUCCAGCCCCGUGCCGUCUCGCCGUUUACGCUGGCUCCCGGCAACGCGGGUCCAUCCAGUCAGCUCCCCGGGAGUUCUUACCCGACACUCACCCAGGUACGGACGUAUGUACACGAGUCACCCGAGGACAAACAGGAGGACGAGGAGGACGAUUUUCGUCCUUGGCACACGCCCAAGAAGGGGAAGAUCCCGUGGCCUCCCCGUCGCAGCCACCAUCGCCACUAA